AAAAUUUACUCCUAUACUAUAUUUGAUUAAUUUUAAUAAUUUUUUUUUAUUGAAUUUAUUGAUUAAAAACUUAAAUAAUUUUAUUAAACAAGUAAUAAUAAUAAUAUUUAAUCAAUUAUAUUAAUUUUAUGUGCAACUUGUUACAUUAAAUAAAUCUUCUUAUCAAGAGUUGAAAUUGUUUUAUUCACUAUUAUUAUUGAAAAUAAUUAAUAUUUGAUAAAUUAUUAUUUCAAAUAAUUUUUAAUGAUUAAAUUUUAAUUUUAAUUAAUUAAUAUGUAACUUUUAUUUUUAUAUUUUUAUUUUUUAUAUCAUAUAUAUAUUUAUUCUUUUUUUAUUUUUACAUGGAAAGUAAAUUAAAAAGUAGGGUGACAUACAUUUUAUUAAAUUUUUUUAAUUUAGUGUUUCAUAAUAUGUUUCAUAAUAUGUUUCAUAAUAUGUAAUGUUAGAUCUAUGUUGUACAUCAUCUAUGGUAAAAAUUACAUGAUCGUAUUUUACUUAGUCACAUGAUCGCAUAAUAGCGUGGUCACAAAGUUAUAUGAAUGAAUGUACAGGUUUAUAUCUGCUGGAAUAGGAGUAUAUGCUUUUUCAAAAGCAAGAAAAAAUAUAAAUGCAAAAAGAUAUAAAAAUAUGAAAACGAGACAGUUCCAGAUUUCUAAUAAUUAGACUUAUUUGUGCAUUUAAAUAAUUGUAAAAUAAUAAUUGAUAAUUAUUUAAAAAAUGGCUGCAUUACCUCAGUUUAGUGAAGAACAAUUGAAGUUAGUACGAGAUAUAGAAAUAGAAAUGAUGACUGAUAUGUUUCAUCGUAUGACAGCAGCAUGUCACAGAAAAUGUAUUCCACCAAAAUAUACUAGUUCAGAAUUAAGUAAAGGUGAAUCUGUAUGUCUUGAUCGUUGUAUUGCUAAAUACUUAGAUGUACAAGAACGUAUUGGGAAAAAAUUACAACAAAUUUCUUUGCAAGAAGGCAAAAUUGUAGAACAACCAAAAUUAAGUUAAACAAAAUAAAAUAGUUUAUUAAGAGAAAUA